GCAGUCCCGCGCUCCCUCGGCGGCUCCUCCAGCAGUGCACUCGCCGCGUUAGAGUGUAGCGGCGUCGGCCAGCCGUCCUCCUCCGCCUCAGAGUGCUUCGGCGUGCGCUGUGUGCGGCUCUGCGAGCGCCCCUGAGCUCGGGCCGCGGCGGUGGUAGGUUGUUCUAUGAUGAGGCUUUUGCUAUGGCUAAUGACCCCUUGGAAGGCUUCCAUGAAGUGAACCUCGCUUCACCUACUUCUCCAGACCUUCUUGCUGUGUAUGAACCGGGAACUCAAGAGCAGACUACCUCACCUAGUGUCAUCUAUCGGCCACAUCCUUCAGCUUUGUGCUCCACCCCGAUCCAGGCUAAUGCCUUAGAUGUUUCUGACCUUCCUACACAACCUGUGUAUUCCUCCCCCAGACGUUUAAAUUGUGCGGAAAUAUCCAGUGGCAGCAUCCGUGGUACAGAUCCAGCACCUUGUUCUACCUCUGGAGUCGCAGCUGGGUUACUUAAAUUAACUACAAGAAAGAACAACUGUAGUGCAGAGAGGGAGUUUUUACAGGGUGCUACUCUAACAGAAGCCUGUGAUGGCAGUGAUGAUAUUUUUGGGUUGAGCACUGAUAGUCUGUCCCGCUUACGAAGCCCAUCUGUUUUGGAAGUUAGAGAAAAGGGCUAUGAAAGAUUAAAAGAAGAACUUGCAAAAGCUCAGAGGGAACUGAAGUUAAAAGAUGAAGAGUGUGAGAGGCUUUCUAAAGUACGAGAUCAACUUGGACAGGAGUUGGAGGAACUCACAGCUAGUCUGUUUGAGGAAGCUCAUAAGAUGGUGAGAGAAGCAAAUGUCAAGCAGGCAACAGCAGAAAAACAGCUAAAAGAAGCACAAGGAAAAAUUGAUGUACUCCAAGCUGAAGUAGCUGCAUUGAAGACACUUGUAUUGUCCAGUUCUCCAACAUCACCUACACAAGAGUCUCUGCCAGGUGGAAAGGCACAUUUUAAAAAGGGGCAUACAAGAAAUAAAAGUACAAGCAGUGCUAUGAGUGGCAGUCACCAGGACCUCAGUGUGAUACAGCCAAUUGUAAAAGACUGCAAAGAGGCUGACUUAUCCCUGUAUAAUGAAUUCAGAUCUUGGAAGGAUGAGCCCACAAUGGACAGAACCUGUCCUUUCUUAGACAAAAUCUAUCAGGAAGAUAUCUUUCCUUGUUUAACCUUCUCAAAAAGUGAGUUGGCUUCAGCUGUUCUGGAGGCUGUGGAGAACAACACUUUAAGCAUUGAACCAGUGGGAUUACAACCUGUUCGAUUCGUGAAAGCAUCUGCAGUUGAAUGCGGAGGACCAAAAAAAUGUGCUCUCACAGGUCAGAGCAAGUCCUGUAAACACAGAAUUAAACUAGGGGACUCAAGCAACUACUACUACAUUUCUCCUUUUUGCAGAUACAGGAUCACUUCUGUCUGUAACUUUUUCACAUACAUUCGGUACAUUCAGCAGGGACUUGUGAAACAGCAAGAUGUUGACCAAAUGUUUUGGGAAGUUAUGCAGUUGAGAAAAGAGAUGUCAUUGGCAAAGCUGGGCUAUUUCAAAGAGGAACUCUGAUGUUCUGCCUGGGACCAUCCAUGAACCUCCCUGAAGACCUGGAAAAUGGCUGAAUAUUUUUACGGUUACUUGAUAUUUAUUUCCAAGCAGCGGGUCCAAGACUUUUUCCCUCUUUUGCAGAUUAUACUAAGAAGUACUGUGAUUUCUUUUUAAACUGACCUAUGCUGUGUUUGCUUAUUCUUUAGUUGAACACACUAUAAAGAAUUACAGGUGUACUAGUGAUUGUAAUUUAUAGUUGCAAAAAAUAGCUAAAUAAAUAAACAUUAAAUUGA